AAUGACCCCGAUGUUGAUGUGUGUGCUCAGAACGACGGCACCGGCAUUAUGUCCAUCUUUGGCGGCGGGAAGUUUCCCGACGAAAGUUUUGCCCUCAAACACGACGCGCCCGGACUCUUGUCUAUGGCAAACAGUGGCAAAGAUACCAAUGGCUGCCAGUUCUUCGUCACGUGCGCCAAAUGCGAUUUCCUCGACAAUAAACACGUGGUGUUUGGCCGUAUUAUAGACGGCAUGCUUGUGAUGCGAAAGGUGGAGAACGUGCCCACCGGUCCCAACAAUAAGCCUAAAAUACCGGUCAUUAUCUCGCAGUGCGGCGAAAUGUAGGCCCGGAUUGA